CUCCUACUUUCCUGCGCCUGUAGCCCGGAGCCUCCACCUUGGAGCCGCAAGUAGGUGGAGUUGACUCCGAGGAGCGAGUCUUCACGCGCCUGCACCCUCGAUUGCUAGCCUUAACGUGCACUGCAUUUCGGAUGUUCGAGCAAUUGUGGCAAUGCAUGCAGAAGCAGUACAUGUUGUACAAUCCGAUUGGCGCAAUGGCAGAGGAAGGACGCACACAGGUACAUGUAUCAAUAAAAGAUGCGUUGGACACACUUGAUGUAUACAAGAGUGAUGUCUCCAAUUUAUUUCACUGCCCACUCUGUCCAAAGGAAAAAGUGCAAUUUGAUACCCCAGCAAAGGCAGUUGGUCACCUUCAGUCACAUCUAUCUUGGGUUGUCAUUCACAAGAGUUUGAAGAUCUAUAAAUGCCACCAGAGUUGCCGUGACAAACCACACUAUCAUUGCUGUUUCUGUCCACAUACAAUUAUGAGAAGAAAGGACUUGAUAGAACACCUUAGUCGUCAUGAGAUGGUGAAUCCAGCCCAAAAAGUGACAGAGCAGCUGAGAGAGCAUCCUCAGGAGAAGCCAAGGGAGUAUCUAAAGGAGCGGCUACCACACAUGCAGAUAUUUGGCACUGCAAAGCAAAAACGGGAAGUGGUGCCCUGCCCAGAUUGUCACCUGGUAGUAAAUUCUAAAAAUUUAAAGCGACAUAUUUUACGAAAGCAUAAAACUGUUGUCAUGGAUAUAACGGCAGAGAACCAUCUGUCUAGCCAAUGCAUUGACCCUGUAAAUGGAAUUUAUGCAGUGGCAAAACGUUUUCAUGGGCCACCUGUUCCUAUACAUGUAAAACAAAAGCUUCAAGGUCAAAGUGAAUGUGAGGAGGAUGACUGCAAUUUAUUGUAUAAUGUCGCAUUCAGAAGUGCUCAGCAGGCAUUUAGAUGUCUUCACUUAAGGUCACUGGACUACUGUUCAGAUCCCCCUAGCAUCUGUAUGCUGAAUGAAGAAACACUGAAUGACAUGGUAGAACAUAAAUGGUUUGAAGAAUCCGAAAAACAGUCCUGUCUUGAAAGACUGAAGGAGGCAACGGUCGAAACUGCCCCUCUCGCUGUAGCGGUUAAAAUUGGACCACCCAAGAAACGUUACGUUUCCGUUUUUGAGAAAAGGGUUUCACACUACUGCAGACUGGGCAGGGUUAUGGUUAUGUAUGACACACAAAAGGACAGCUGGCAUUGCCAUUGUGUCACUGCAGGGAUUUCGUGUCCACAUAAAGAUAUUGCCAAAUGGUUCCUGUUUCAGGUGGAAAGGCAGCUUUUCAUGACUGCAAACUCAUCCAAACCUGCAGAGGUCUUGAAACCUGAAGAGUUUGUGGCCCAAACCCGUGACACAAUAAAGAUGGAGAAAUUGAAAAGGACAAUAAAGUAUGUCUUUGAUAAAAAGAAAUAUCCAGCUAACCUGCCUGAGAGUGUCAUCAGACCUUCAUUUGUCCCAUUGCCUCCAAAACAUUUGGUUCCAUCUGAGAUCUUUUGCUCUGAAUGCACCUCACACGUGCCACUCAGCGAUCCCAUCUUGAUUACAUCAAAAGCAAAGAUUGUAUCCUUAACUGCUGUUUACGAAGAUGUAUCAACAUACUACAAGACAUGUCUAAGUUGUGGAAUGGAUUACCGUUACCAAGAAUGGGAACAGGGAAUUCAUAACUUUGAUAACUACAUUUUGAUGGGUCUCCACUUUUGCUUAUAUUUAAGAGCUUCUUUACAGACUCACAAUGCUGCAGGCCGGGUAUUUGAAGCAAUGGAACUUGUCUCAGGUGUGAAGCUUCCUCCACAUAACCAUCUGCUUCAUGCUUAUUUACAGUUUGAGGCAUUAACAAAGCAUGAAUAUGAAUAUUCCUGUAUAAAUUGUGGUUUCCACCCACCAGUUGUAAUUAUUGGCCACCAUAAAAAGGGUUUUUUCAGUUUGCCAGUAGAUGAAGUGUCUGAACCAGAUGGGUACAAUGGGAUUGUGGACAUGCAAGAUUUCUGGGAAUUUAUUUCCUUAGAUAUUAUUUCCCAUGGGUUCUCUAAUGUGAAAGAGGAGAAUCUGUUUGUUUUCCAACCAAAGUUUAGUCGUUGGGCUCCUUGGAUUGGACCAAAAACUAGAAAGGCCCAUUUAGUGCUCAAUACAGAGUGGGACAAGAUUCACUCUUCAAUGCCCAUGGCAGAAAAAGAGGCUGCUGACAUCUCGGAGGACAGACUUCUCGAUGAAAUUAUGAAGAUGAAGGUCAGUGAUGUCAGAAAGCUUUGUAAAAGUUGUGGGGUUGAGGCAACAGGUUUGAAAAUGGACAUGAUUCUCAGGCUGCAGAAAGAAAUCAAAAGUCGGGCCUCUUAUGACAAAAUUUGUGAGAAAGUGUCAUGUGCAUCUGGUGGCUGGGCUGCCAUAUUAUGUCCUUGUGGAAUAGUCUACAGUUUAAAAUUCAAUAUGAGUGCUGGGAGCCUUGGGGACUAUAUGGACCUUUUGUUGUCAUGGCUUCACUUACCCAAUGUAACAAUUUCUGAUUUUGCCAGUGGGCUUGCAGCACAUGGUAAUCUGAGGAACCCAACUGUGACACCAUUUUCUCCACAUGAGGGCAGAUUGCUAAGCCCCACUGAUACUAACAUAUCUCUGGCCAGCGCAGGGAAUUUGAAGGUGAACCUGAGAUGGUUAAAUAUUCCAAAAAAUCCACCCGAUAUCAAUGGCCACCCUAUCACUGGAAGCUGUGAACACUAUGUUCUCUAUGAUGCUCUCCACAAAUCAAAUACCAAAGAGCCAAAAGAUGUUUUGCGGCAAAUCAUUCUGGUACCAGAACUGGCUGUAGGAGUAAAUAGCCAGGUUGUUGAUCAGUUUUUUGCACAAAUGGAGAAAAACAAUUACUUCCUUAAUAUGAUGACUCCAAGUUCCCAGAUUUUCCUUAUUCGGAACAUAGUACACCAUCAUAACACACAACUGAACACAAGAAGACUGGAGAAGCUCAAGAAAUCAAGGGCAACUAAAAACGUCAUCAUGAAUGAGAAUGGGCAAGUUGUCACUGGUAACGUUUUAGUAUUGCAUCAUGAUAUCUCUUGAUGUUUUGAAUCUUAAACAUGAUUAAUAAAGGUCAUGUUUACAUUUUAGGUUGAGGACGUGGAGGUUUUGACUAACGAGACUUUCAGGUAAAACUGUAUGUUCUGUUGACCAUUUAUGUACGAGGUGUCCCUCCAGCAGGAUACGACCAUAUUUCAAAGUUGUUUAACCCACAGAUCAAUUGAGCAGUAAUGGUAUUUUUACACAUCCUCUUUCAAAUAAAUCUUAAGUUCA